ACAGGGAAGUUGUUGUAGAUAUCGCAGUAAUGGAUGUUAUGCCUUUUUUUCAUUUGGAUUAUCCCUAUUAUUAGGGUGAAAAUUGCAAAAAGAAGAAGCAUUAAUUGAGAUGUAUACAAUAUAAAUACACUUUACAUUCUUUACUAAAUUAAUUUCUACCAUUAUGAAUAAUGAUUAUGGCAGGAACACAACAGAAUCAUGUUAUUGUUGGGACUUUACUUUCUCUACUAUUACAAGUUAAAAUGCUAAACUGAGGUAAAAGUUUAAAUGAUUAGUGGAGUUACUAAGAGUUACUACAGUACCUUUAAUCCUCUAGUAUAAUAGUAAAGUCCCUGAUGUAUGGAGCUCUCUGUAACAGGUAAGGAUGAAUACUGUAUGUUGAUGAGGCUGAAGAUUAUGACAUUUUUAAGAGAAAUGGCUCACCACAUGUAACAACAAUCCACCCACAUGUAUGUAAAAAUUGGCAAAAAAAACUUUUAAAAAUCAAUAUCAUAUAAUAACUGGAAUUUAAAAAAUAAAAACACUUUUUAAUCUUGUAAUUACGUCACAAUGCAGAUAGUGGGCAGCAACGCACCAACCCGUACUUAACGCUGACAGCCAGGAAAGAAGAGGAAGAGCUGAGGCGCGUUUCCCAAGUAAAGUUAAAAACUGUCAAACAUGUUUUGCAACAACAGUUGUGUGUGAGGACAAAUGUCAACAUUGACUUUGACUUGAGUCGACGCGGCAGCUGAAGCUUGUGUGUGGCUGCUGCCAUGACUCAGUCUGUUAUUGUCCAGGUGGGACAGUGUGGUAACCAAAUUGGCUGCAGGUUUUGGGAUCUUGCUUUGCGUGAACACGCUCAUGUCAACAAAAAAGGAGUCUAUGAUGAGGCUCUCAGUAGCUUUUUCAGGAAUGUGGACUCAAGGAUAUCUGAUGGUGGAGCCUGUGGUGUCGGUGAGAGAAUCCAACAUCUCAAAGCCAGAGCGGUGCUGGUGGACAUGGAGGAGGGUGUGGUCAAUGAGAUCCUGCAGGGCCCAUUAAGAGAAGUGUUUGACAGCACCCAGCUCCUCACAGACGUGUCGGGCUCAGGCAACAAUUGGGCAGUUGGACACAUGACGUAUGGCUCAGCCUACAGGGAGCAGAUAGUGGACAAGCUGCGGAAAGCAGCAGAGCACUGUGACUGUCUGCAGUGCUUUUUCCUUAUUCAUUCUAUGGGAGGAGGUACUGGUUCUGGCUUGGGGACCAAAGUGCUGAAACUCCUGGAGGAGGAAUUCCCUGACGUGUGCCGAAUCGUCACCUCAGUCUAUCCAUCUGCGGAGGAUGAUGUCAUCACCUCACCUUACAACAGCGUUCUUGCCAUGAAGGAGCUCACAGAGCAUGCUGACUGUGUCAUUCCUGUGGAAAACCAGUCGUUGGUUGACAUUGUGAAUAAGAUUAAAUACAUGUCUGAUGGUGGGAAGCCAGGGUCUGUGAUCAAGAGAGACAGCGCCAUCAUCUCUGGGCGAGGUGGGCUCAGUGGUGCAGAGAAGCCCUUUGAUGCUAUGAACAACAUCGUUGCUAACCUGUUGCUCAAUAUUACCAGCUCAGCCCGUUUUGAGGGUUCUCUCAACAUGGAUCUGAAUGAGAUCGCCAUGAACCUGGUGCCUUUCCCACGGUUACACUACCUGGUGCCCAGCCUCACUCCGAUCUACACACUGGCAGAUGUCAAUGUCCCUUCCAGAAGACUGGAUCAGAUGUUCAGCGAUGCCUUCAGUAAAAACCACCAGCUAAUCCGAGCCGACCCGAAGCACAGCCUCUACCUGGCUUGUGCUCUCAUGGUCAGGGGAAACGUGCAGGUGUCUGACCUCCGCAGGAACAUUGAGAGACUCAGGCCAUCACUUCCCUUUGUCUCUUGGAACCAGGAGGGCUGGAAGACUGGCCUGUGUUCAGUGCCUCCUGUGGGUCACUCCCACUCCCUGUUAGCCUUGGCCAACAACACCUGUCUGAAGUCCACAUUUGUGGAGCUGAGCGAACGUUUCACCAAGCUCUACAGGAAGAAGGCUCAUUUACAUCACUAUCUGCACAUAGAUGGGAUGGAGCAGAGCUGCUUUUCAGAGGCUGUCACCUCUCUUAGCUCCCUCAUUGAAGAGUACGACCAUCUUGAUGCCACCAAGGGGAAAAUCGUGCUAGAUGCAACCAGGCUCAGCAUCGCCACAUGA